AUGGCCGCCGCCGCCACUUCCACCGUCCCCACGGGCCCCAACCCCGCCGCCUCCGCGACCUCCCAGCCCUUUGUCUCCAAGUGGUCCUCACGAUACCGCGGCGCCACCGUCCAAGACCUCGACCCCCCCGCCGCCCUCUCCCUGCACCCCUCGGACCCCAUCUCGCUGGCGCUCCUCUCGGCCUUUGAGCGCGACUACACGCACCUCACCAUCACGGACCGGCACACGCGCGCCCUCCUCGGCUACCUCGCCAUCCCGCACCUGCAGGCCCUCCUCGACGCCGGCAAGGUGGGGCCCGACGACGAGCUUGCUAAGGCCAUGGUGCGCUUCCAGCGUAAGGGCCGCACGUACAAGGUCAUCACCAUGCAGACGCCGCUCGAGGAGCUCGAGGCCUUUUUCGAGGCCGGCGGCGGCAACGGCGUCGGCCAGGGCGAGCGGAACACGUUCGCCGUCGUCACGGACGAGAAGAGGCGGUUCGUGCUCGGCGUGGCGACUGUGGGGGAUCUCGAGGAGUUUGUCAAGCGGAGGCCGGCCUGA